GACUGGUUGCAGUAGUGUUGUGGAAUUGUGGGCAGCGCAAAUCCCCCAUUCUUUUUGUGGAGGGCUCGCGGGGCUGGGAAGCGAAUUGGAGGAACAAGAGAUCAAUCCCUCCUCCCUCCUCUGCUAUUUCCGGCCCAGCGAUAGCUUCAUUCUCAUCGAUUUUUAGGUCUUCCUUUUAAGCGCGCUCGCAGCAAAUGGAGCAGAUGGGCGGAGGAAUGGAGUCGUCGAGCCUGGAUUUCGUGCUGGCGCUCUUGGGCGUCAAGGGGAUGGCGUCCACCAACAUCUCCCCGCUCACCCUGCUGCUGUCGGCGCUGCUCCUCGUGGCCGGGGCGCUCUUCCUCUGGUGGAAGGCAGCUGAUGCCGGCAAGCGCGUGGCGGAGCCGCCCAGAGUGGUGACGCCAAUUGUGGAAGCCGAGGAGGAGGAGGCCGAUGAUCUAGCAGGCUACACGAGCAAAGUGACCGUCUUCUUUGGCACCCAAACCGGAACCGCGGAAGGGUUUGCAAAGGCCCUGGUCGAGGAAGCAAAGUCUCGAUACGACAGGGUUCUCUUCAAGGCCGUCGACUUGGACAACUACGCAGCGGACGACGACCACUAUCGCCUCAGGCUCAAGAAGGAGAAGCUGGCCAUCUUUAUGCUCGCAACGUAUGGUGACGGAGAACCGACGGACAAUGCGGCCAGGUUCUACAAAUUCCUUACGGAGGGUGGUGACGAAAGAGGCUUGUGGCUGAACGAGAUGACUUACGCGGUGUUUGGUCUGGGCAACCGCCAGUACGAGUACUUCAACAAGGUUGGAAAGGUCGUGGACGAGGAAUUGGAGAAGCAAGGUGCCAAAAGGCUUGUUCCCUGUGGAGUUGGCGAUGACGACCAAUGCAUCGAAGACGAUUUCUCCGCCUGGCGCGAGCAGCUAUGGCCGGAGCUUGACACUUUGCUUCGGAACGAGGACGACGUUGCCAUUCCUUCCACUACCACUUACACGGCAGCUGUCAGCGAAUACCGAGUUGUAAUUCAUGAGAAGCUAGCAAAACUCGUCGAAGGGAGCUUUCUCCCGGUGGAAAACGGUGGGCCUGUCGUUAUGGAUAUGAACCAUCCUUGUCGAGCCAUCGUGGCCGCUCGGAAAGAGCUCCAUACGCCCUUGUCCGACAGAUCGUGCACCCACUUGGAGUUCGACAUAGCUGCGACUGGCAUCAGUUACGAGACUGGAGACCAUGUUGGUGUGUACGCUGAGAAUUGUCACGACGUUGUGGAGGAGGCUGCCAAUCUUCUAGAUUAUUCGCUGGACACAGUCUUUUCCCUUCACACAGACACGGAAGAUGGCACUCCGUUGCCUGGUAGCCUUCUUCCGCCAUUUCCCACACCCUGCACUCUAAGAACUGCCUUGGCUCGUUAUGCCGACUUGCAAACUCCUCCUCGCAAGGCUGUGCUUGCUGUCCUUGCGGCAUAUACAUCAGAGACUAGCCAUGCAGACCGUUUGAGGCACCUAGCAUCGCUGCAAGGAAAGGAUGACUAUUCGCAAUACAUUUCUUCGUGUCAAAGGACCCUGCUGGAGGUUUUGGCUGACUUUUCCUCUGUCAAGCUGCCCCUCGGGGUCUUCUUCGCUUCAGUGGCUCCACGUUUGAUGCCAAGAUAUUAUUCCAUCUCGUCCUCUCCAAAGUUUGCGCCCACUAGGAUUCACGUCACUUGCGCGUUGGUUCAUGGACCAAGUCCAACUGGCCGCCUGUUUAGAGGAGUUUGCUCUACAUGGAUGAAGAAUGCUCGCUCCGCCGAAGAGGCCGGCGAUGACUGCAGCUGGGCUCCUAUAUUUGUGCGACAAUCAAACUUCAAGCUUCCUGCUGACCCGAAAAUUCCCAUCGUGAUGAUAGGACCUGGCACGGGCCUGGCACCUUUCAGAGGAUUCCUCCAGGAAAGAGCUGCUCUACAAGAUUCGGGUGAACAACUGGGGCCCUCGGUUCUUUUCUUUGGAUGCCGCAAUCGGAAUCAGGAUUUCAUUUACGAGCGCGAACUGAACGGGUAUGUGAGCAGAGGAACUUUGACAAACCUGUACGUGGCCUUUUCGCGAGAGGGCGCCACCAAGGAAUACGUCCAACACAAGAUGCAAGACAAGGCUAGUGACUUGUGGAGGCUUUUGUCUAACGGGGCCUACUUGUAUGUCUGCGGCGAUGCCAAAGGAAUGGCUCGCGACGUUCACAAGAUGCUGAUUACCAUUGUCCAAACCGAGGUGAGUUUUUGUGCUUAUCACCGAUGCAAAAGUCAAUUCUUUGCUUGGCAGGGCAACGUCAAGGAAGCUGAGGCUUUUGUCAAGCAACUGCAAAACGAUGGUCGAUAUUUGAGAGACGUCUGGUGAUUGCUUUACCUGCGAAGUGAUUGAAACAAGCAUACACUACGAAUUUUGUAGUUAGCAUUCAUUGAGAGACAAAUUGUCUCUUGCUGUACCCAACCGACUCCAAAGGAAAGAAACCAUUUCACCCAUUAAUUAACGCAACUUCAUA